UCCCCGUACACGUGUCGCUCCCUCGACCCUGGACCGUCUAUAAAUACCGAAAUCCCCCACCUCUCUCCACAAACCCCUAACGCCCCAUCGUCGCCACCACCACUUCUUCUUGCCGCCGUACCGUCACAGCCGCUCUGCCCCUCCCUUUUUUUGCCGCACUGCGCAAACCCUAGAUCUCGCACCCACCAACACACUCUCUCCAGAUCUCUCUGUUGUCUUUCAGAGUUCGUGAAGAUGGUGUCGGACGCGAGCAAGAAGAAGGCGGCGCAGAAGAAGGCAGCGGCUGCGGCCAAGAGAGGUGGGAAGGCAGCUGCUGCUGCCGCCUCCGCAUCCACGAAAGCGGGCGAUUCUUCCCAGAACGGGAGCGCCGUCGACAAGCUGUCCAAUGGAAUUGGAGCGAUCGAGAUCUCCGAUCGUAAUUGUACGGGAGUCCUCUGUUCCCAUCCGCUCUCCAGAGAUAUUAGGAUCGAGUCUUUGUCAGUGACGUUUCAUGGACAUGAUCUCAUUGUUGAUUCCAUGCUGGAGCUUAACUACGGCAGGCGAUAUGGUUUGCUUGGCUUAAAUGGAUGCGGGAAAUCUACGCUGCUUACUGCUCUAGGCCGUCGAGAGCUUCCCAUUCCUGAUCACAUGGAUAUAUAUCAUCUUACCAGGGAGAUUGAAGCCUCUGACAUGUCCUCGCUUCAGGCUGUUAUCUGCUGUGAUGAGGAGAGGAUCAAACUGGAGAAAGAGGCUGAGGUUUUGGCAAGCCAGGAUGACGGUGGUGGCGAAACACUUGAGCGAAUUUAUGAGCGCUUGGAUGCUCUGGAUGCAUCUACAGCUGAAAAGCGUGCUGCUGAAAUAUUGUUUGGUCUUGGUUUUGAUAAGCAAAUGCAGGCAAAGAAGACCAGAGAUUUUUCUGGUGGGUGGAGAAUGAGGAUUGCGCUUGCUAGAGCUCUGUUUAUGAACCCCACUAUUCUCCUACUUGAUGAGCCUACUAAUCAUCUUGAUUUAGAAGCUUGUGUUUGGUUGGAGGAAAUGUUGAAGAAAUUCACCAGGAUCCUAGUGGUGAUUUCCCAUUCCCAAGAUUUCUUGAACGGUGUCUGCACGAACAUAAUUCACAUGCAGAGCAAGACUUUGAAGAUUUACUCUGGCAACUAUGAUCAAUAUGUCCAAACUCGUUCCGAGCUGGAAGAGAAUCAGAUGAAGCAGUACAAAUGGGAGCAAGAUCAGAUUGCUAAUAUGAAGGAGUACAUUGCUCGAUUUGGGCAUGGUUCGGCCAAGUUAGCUAGGCAGGCACAGAGCAAAGAGAAGACCCUUGCUAAGAUGGAGCGUGGUGGGCUUGCUGAAAAAGUUGUGAGAGACAAAGUCCUCAUAUUCCGCUUUGUUGAUGUGGGCAAGCUUCCCCCGCCCGUGCUCCAGUUUGUCGAGGUGUCAUUUGGUUACACCCCUGAAAAUCUGAUCUACAAGAAUAUUGAAUUUGGGGUCGACCUGGAUUCCAGAGUUGCAUUGGUGGGGCCCAAUGGUGCUGGCAAGAGUACAUUGUUAAAGCUGAUGACUGGUGACCUGCAUCCUACUGAUGGCAUGGUUCGUAGGCACAACCACCUGAGGAUAGCUCAGUUCCAUCAGCAUCUGGCUGAGAAACUCAACUUGGACAUGUCUGCACUCCACUACAUGAUGAGGGAGUAUCCAGGGAACGAGGAGGAGAAAAUGAGGGCAGCGAUCGGGAAAUUUGGGCUGACAGGAAAGGCCCAAGUGAUGCCGAUGAACAACUUGUCAGAUGGACAAAAAGCAAGGGUGAUUUUUGCUUGGUUGGCUUAUCGACAACCUCACAUGCUGCUUCUGGACGAGCCGACAAAUCACUUGGAUAUAGAAACCAUAGAUUCUCUGGCCGAGGCAUUGAGCGAGUGGGAUGGUGGGUUGGUUCUUGUUAGCCACGAUUUCAGGCUCAUAAACCAGGUGGCCAAGGAGAUCUGGGUGUGUGAGAAUCAGGCUGUUACACGGUGGGGAGGUGACAUCAUGGACUUCAAGCAGCACCUCAGAAAGAAGGCUGGGCUAUCUGACUAAACUAGAGUCAGAUUUGGGUGGUUGGAUGGGUCGGCUACUAAAUUCCUCGUCGAAGUGUAGCCUGCAGCUGCAGCUGUUGUGCUAUUGUUGUGUGUACAAUGCAUGGCUAAAGCUGUAUGUUACACAGCGUGGAACGAGGAAUGGUCGUCGAUGGAUCGAUAGAUGGUGAGUGAUCCUUUUUCCCAGACAACUCAUCUGGCAUCUCUCUGGGGAUUAUGCCAAACAAUCUUGUAGGAGACAGCAAGCUGGAGAGGUGCCUUGAACUCAUUGUUUUGAACCAAUGUGGGGGCACUAAAAUCCCCUGCUGCUGCUCUCACAGCUCUAUUAGGUUGCUGUUAGAUUAUUAUUGUUUUUGCGUCAGUUACUAUUAGUAGUGCGAGUAGUAUAUUUGAGGGACUGCUGUCUGUUCUGGUUUUGAGGGAGUUGAGUUGUUAAUCAUCUUUUGCUGUUUGUGCUUUCUGGAUCAUAUAUUUUUAUGCUAUUUUAUCGUACUAUAUGGAUUGUAAUCGAUGAAUACUUGAGAGAGACACAGACACCACACUGCUGGGUUGAAUCUCAUUUCUGUUAUGAUAGAAUGAUGUUUGUGGACGAUUGUGUUGGCCUGCCAAAGCCGGAACAAGUCGUCCUGUGGCACGCAGAGGUUCAGUUGUUUGCUCAAUGCCAUACCCUUUGUGGAUAGUUCAGCUACAAAGCAGGAGUUGUUUGUUGUUCUGUCUUCAGACAACUGGUUUUUCAGUUUUGGUAACUACAUCAUGGUCUACCUUUUCAUGUUGUUAGUUACUCACAAGACAAGUCGGGCUUUUGUCCAUUAUGUUAGUUAAGAUCGUUGGUAUGAAAAACAAAAAGGAAAGCAAGAUGGGACAUUUUACUAUUAGCUGUUACUAUUAUUUUCCCCUGUUGUUGUCUAAUGCGAAAGCGAAACAGUGAGC